UUCACCGGAAGUUGUAAUAAGUGCUUUCGAAACUGAAAAUGCGAAAUGAGCAAAUUGAAACGCAGAGUUACAGUUGAUAACCAGCAAUCAACUCAAGACGAAAGUGACAGACGAAAGCCAAGUGUUUUUGAAAGAUUAGGGCCUGGUGCAGCAGGUGCCAGUCGAAAAUACGACGAAAGUAUAUGCAGAAAUUUUUUAGCUGGAAAAUGUUACUAUGGAAUUAAAUGCAAAUUUAAACAUGUAAAGAGAAGGCAAGAAAGGGAUGAAGAUUCUAGUUCUGACGAAUUCAGUAAAAUAGUCAGAAAAAGUAGACGUGAUUCAGAGAGGAGUGAAGGAGAGGAAGAAAUGAAAGGCAGCAAGAAACUUGAUUUUAAGAAAGAGCUGGAGCUUGAAAAGAAAAGACAACAAAUAGAAAGAGAAUUACAACAACUAGGAGGACUAGAAGAAAGAGAAAACAUUACUAUAGAGAAAAAGAUGAGCAGUUCGGAUGACAGUAGUGAUGAACGUCCCCAGACAAAGAAAAAGAAGUCACCUAGUAAAAAGAAGGACAAAAAAAAACACAAGGUGAAAUCACCAAGUAAGGUGAAGCAAGUUACACCAAGUCCUGACAAAAAAGUCAAAAAGUUUGAACAAGAAAUUGAAAAAGAAGUAGCACAGAAGAAGAAACACAAAAAGAAAAAGGCACUUGAAAAGAAAAUGGCAGAGAUGUCAGAGGAAGAAGCAAAACCUAAAAAAUCUAAACUGAAAGGCAUGAAAUCAAAAGCUGCUGAGCAGAAACCACGUUUAAGUUUUCAAUCAGAAGAGGAAGAAGAUACAAUAAUAGUUAAAAAAAGACAAAGAACCCCUAGUGAGUCACCUUCAAGGUCACAUUCUAGGUCAAGGUCAUGGUCACAAGAUAUGUCACGACAACAUUCUCCUGAUGAAAGAUAUGAAAGGUCACAAUCACCUGUACAUAGAAAAUUUAAAAAAGGAAUCAAAGACAUUGAUGAGUUGAGACAAAGUCUUUCACCUGAAUCUCAUCCUCAAGAUCAUAGAGGGAGGUCUUCCUCUUUUGAAAGUCCUGAAGGACAGAUGGGAAGGAAGAAGGGAAAGAGAGAUACAAAAAAAAGCAAACACAAACAUGAACCACAGUAUCAAUCUGGAUCUGAUGAGUCAGAUUACAGUAGGGAGAGAGUCAAAGGUGACAAGGGUAAAAAACAUAAAAAAGGGCGAGAAUGGAGCCCUGAGAGUCGGGAAACACUCUCAAGAGACCAAAGAAAAUCAUCACCUGGUGAUUACAGUGACUACAAGUCAAAGAAAGAACGCGACAAACACAGCCCUGGAUUUAGGGAUCGUAGGAGAUCUGCAUCGCCUGUAAGUCGCCAUAGUCAUGUGGACUCCAGACGCGACAUGUCUCCUGGUUCCCAAAGGUCUGGUUCCAUGUAUCACAGAGAGAGAAGGAUAACACCUCCUCCAGAUAGACGUGAAAUUGAGGAAAAGUACGAUAGAAGAGACAGAGUAAAAGAUGAUCCAAGACGUGGUGGACGAUUUACUUCACCUGAUGAUAGAAGAUACAGAAAUGCUGAUAGACCUGAUUUAGAUCGUGGAGCAGACAGGUAUGAAGACAGAAGAGAAGUACAUGAUGACAGAUUUCCACCCAGAGUAGAACCACCAAGAACUAGGUUUGAAGAAAGGUAUUUUGAACAGAGUGGUAGAACUGAAAGCUUUGACAGAGACAGGGAUCGUUUUGAGAGGGAUAGAUAUAAUUCGAGGAUAGAUUCUAGAGGGCAUCCACCAAGGGCAGAUCAUAGAGAUCGUGGGGAUCCAAGGUUAGAUCCCAGAGUAGAACCCAGAUAUCCUGAGGCUGCUGUAUAUGAUGACCGUGGUCCCCCACCCCCUGAGUACAGAGACCCUGCUUGGGACAGAUGGAACGCUCCAGGUCAUCCUCCUCCUCCUGUAGAACCUUACAAUAGGGGAGGCUACAACAAAGGGGAUCGAUAUAGAGGUGCACAUAGAGGUGGAAGAUUUGAUGUACCUCCACCAUUACCUCCUCCAGAGAGACCAAGUAGACGGGGUGAGUGGGAAAGAGGAGGAGAAGAAUUUUAUGUGCCUGAUAGACCUGACUGGGGAGACAGACGUGAGGGCCACAGAGACUUCUCACGAGAGGUUGACAGAAGGAACAACAGACCAGAUGAUAGAAGUGUUGAUAGCUAUGGCUGGUGGUAUGAUCGAUCAGACAGAAGAAAUGACAACCGUGAUCGAUCAAGAGAUCAAAGAGAUAGGUUUGCUGAUAUUCACAGACCUGAUCCAAGGGAGGGAAGUAUGGACAAACCUGAUCGUAGAGAGUCAGAGUCUUUUAAAAGGCGUGAAUUUUCUGCUGAUCGUGGGAGGGAUUUAGACAAAGAAGGUCCAAGGAAAGACAGGAAAAUAUCUGAACCUAGAGAUUUUGAUCGCCAAGAUAAAAAAGAAUCUAUAGAAAGAGAAAAAGAAAAGAAAGAAAUCACAGAAAAGGUUAUAGAUAUCAAAGAAAAAGAAAAAGUUGAAAAAGUGAAGGAAACAGAGGACAAAGAUGGUAAAAAGGAAAAAGAAAAAGGGGAUUUAAAGAAAAAUGAAAAGGAGAAGAAAAAGAGAACAAAAGCUGAAAAGAAAGCAAGAAAAGAAGAAAAAUUGAAGGCAAAACAAAAGAAACUUGAGGAUAAGCUAGCCAAAGAAAAAAUAAAAUCGGAAAUUAAAAAGGAACCAAUUAUUAAAGAAGAAGAAAUUAAAAAAGAACCAGAAGAGCCAGUAGGAAAUGAAGAGAAAAAAGAAACCAGGAAAAGAAUCUUAAGUGAAGAUAGGAGUAAAUCAUUAUCUCCGUCGCCCACGUCUAAACGAGCCAGAGAUUCUUCUCCUGCUGUAUCAGUAAAAAGCAGACAUAGCGUAGGUACUAUUGAAAGGGUAAAGGUCAAAGAGGAACCAGAGGUUAAUAAUGAAAAGUCAAAAUCAAGGAGUAUGGAAUUAGAGAAAGAUAAUAUGAGUGAAAAGUCACAUGGUUCUGAAAGGAGACCAGAAAGGAAACAGAAGGAAACUAGUCCUGUCCCACAUGUUCCAGUAGAAGAGGUAAAAGAGCAAAAGAAGAAGAAAAGAUCAAGAUCAACUUCAGGAGAGGAGGAAUUCAAGAGGAGGAGGACUGAGGAGAGAGAUAGGGUAAGAAAGUUGAGAGGAAGUGUUGAUGAAGAAGGUGGAAGAUAUAGUAGUUUUUCAGAUGAUUCUGCAGAUGUUAUCCUUAAACAGGGAGAACCUCAGCAGACUGGAUCUGCUAUCCCUGAGCAUGUUUAUCGUGAGGGAGGUAGACGCAGAAGGAGUAGGAGCCGUAGUAGUUAUGGUAGCAAACACAGUCACCAUGACAGCAAAGGCCGUAGGUCAGAUGGCAGCAGGUACAGAGAUAGAAGGUCGAGGUCAAGAAGUCCACAGAGAAGUGGAGAGAGGGAAAGAAGAAGUAGAGGGGAUAGUGACAGAGACAGGGAACGUGACAGAGGAAGAGAAAGGGAUAGAGAGAAAGAACAAACCAGACCCAGGUCUGAAUCUGACAGCAGAGGACCAAGAGAAGAAUCUGACAGCAGAGGACCAAGAGAAGAACCAACCAGCAGUAAGAUAGAUGUCAAAACAGAAGAAAUAAAAUCUGAAGUUAAAGAUGAAUCUGGUGGAGAAUCAGAAGACGACUUAUCUUUAAGCUCAAUUUCCAGUGAUGAAGAAUUUGAGGCAGAUCAUGAAAAGAAGCAUAGUAUAGAUGCCCUAGAUAUUGACUGGGCAAGCUUACAACAAGAUGUGAGACCUAAACCUCCAGUCACAGGUUCCGCUCUGAACAGAUUCAAAGCUAGUAAUGUUUUUGCCCAGAUAGGUGUGUCCAAAGAGUAUGCAGGAGAAGAACUCUUCAAUAAAAUACAAAAUGAGUGCAUAAAGCAGGAAGAUAGCACAGAUGUUGCUACAACUGAAGAAAAGACAGAAGAUGUGAAACCAGACAAUAAAUUUAGAUUUAAAAGUGACAUUGCUGUAUUCCAUUCCUCAAUAACAAGUAAAAACCUACAAAGGAAGAACUUACUACGCAAUAUAGGGCCAUUUAGACGAGCUUUAUGUGCAAGACGAGACCUUGAAAUUAGACGUCAGCUGUGUAAAGUUGACAAGACUAUGGACCAUAUUCAUUCCUAUCCAGCACAGCCAAUUGACCAAGAAUUAUACAAACUUAGUGUUCAAUUAUUUAGACAAUCUUGUCCUGAAAAACCAGUACAAAUCAAACAGGAAGUGACUAGUUCAUAAAAGAUGACCAAAUUAUUAUAUAUUCAUUAACAGUCAUGGGAAAACAUAAUUAAAUCAUUUGUUCAUCAGUAAUCAGUGUGAAUGUGAUGUGACGUCAUUAAAUAUUUUAUGGUA